AACAGAGAUGAAAAUAAAUGUAAUUUGCAAAUGAGCUGGGGGACGCACCGCAUCAAGUAGUUAGGGAGUCGUAACGCCCUGGGACAAGAAGUGUUUAGAAAAAUCCAGCUCGAAACAUCAGCCAAGGGACUUUUAAGGAAGCAUCAUGCCUCGUUCACAACUUUUAAUUAUUCUCAUGUGUUGUCUUCCUUUGGCAGCCUGUUUGCGCUGUUACACCUGUAUGUUUCCAUCCAUCUCUCCUCUGGACUGCUUAAAGUUUCCUGUGGAGUGUCCAGCUGGCCAGCGCUGCCUCUCCAGCGUAGCGUCAGGAACACGAGGCCCACUACAGCUGACGUUGUACGAAAAAAGCUGCGCAGUUGCCUCCCAGUGCGACGUGAGUGGAGAGAAAUACACGUCAGGGGUCUCCUUCAACUACACCAACGUGUGCUGCGAUACCGACCUGUGCAACAGUGCCGUGCCCGUUACUGCCCCCAGCUUGGUGGGAGUGGUGCUCUGCCUGCUGCCUGCGCUCGGGCUCCUGCUGGCCUGAGCAGCAGACGAGACGAUGCAGUCUUAUCCUCGAUAAAAAAAAUUUUUUAAAAAUGAAACACAUCUGUCACCGACUGAUUUACUAUGAAGAUAUUUUAUUGGGACAUUAAUAAACCCUACUUCGUAAGAUGUUUAA